AUGGCCGACCUAUGCAGAAGGCUUUUCGCCCCUUGUUGUGGUAGCCGAUCGAAAGUAGAUUACGACAAUGUCCUCGCCGACUCGGAACGGGAAGCUGUUGCCGACCUGCUCAACUUCCUCGAGAAUAGAGCUGAGACCGAUUUCUUCUCCGGCGAGCCUUUGGUGGCAUUGAGCACGCUGGUAUACAGUCAGAAUAUUGACCUACAACGAAGCGCAAGCUUGACAUUCGCCGAGAUCACGGAAAGAGAUGUACGGCCCGUGGACCGCGCAACACUCGAACCCAUACUCUUCCUCCUUGAGAGCCCCGACAUCGAAGUCCAGCGAGCAGCAUCGGCUGCAUUGGGCAAUUUGGCUGUAGAUGGCGCCAACAAAGUCCUGAUCGUUUCGCUCGGCGGCCUCACCCCACUCAUACGACAGAUGAACAGUCCCAAUGUCGAAGUACAGUGCAACGCAGUCGGCUGCAUCACGAACCUCGCGACACACGAAGACAACAAAGCACGAAUUGCACGAUCCGGCGCCCUAGCACCUCUGACCCGACUAGCGAAGAGCAAGGACAUGCGAGUACAGCGCAAUGCCACUGGUGCGCUUCUCAACAUGACACACAGCGACGACAACAGGCAACAAUUGGUGUCUGCCGGCGCAAUUCCUGUUCUGGUAAGCUUAUUGAGCUCCCCGGACACAGACGUGCAGUACUACUGCACCACGGCGUUGAGCAAUAUCGCGGUCGACUCGGCGAACAGGAAGAGAUUGGCGCAGACGGAGACAAAAUUGGUGCAGAGUUUGGUGCAUUUGAUGAAGGGUCAGGCGCCGAAGGUGCAAUGUCAAGCUGCUUUGGCAUUGAGGAAUCUGGCCAGCGAUGAGAAAUACCAAUUGGAGAUUGUGAGGGCGGGAGGUCUGCCACCAUUACUCAACCUGCUGCAGAGCAGUUAUCUGCCACUUAUACUUUCCGCCGUGGCAUGUAUCCGGAAUAUCAGCAUACAUCCCAUGAACGAGUCGCCGAUUAUCGAUGCUGGAUUCUUACGACCGCUGGUGGAUUUGCUGGGGAACACGGACAAUGAGGAGAUACAAUGUCAUGCGAUCUCUACGCUGCGGAAUCUGGCGGCGUCGUCAGACAGAAACAAGCAAUUGGUGUUGGAAGCAGGAGCGGUGCAGAAGUGUAAAGAGUUGGUUCUUGAAGUACCGCUAUCUGUGCAAAGCGAGAUGACGGCUGCGAUCGCCGUGCUGGCUUUAAGCGACGAGCUGAAGCCAGAGUUGCUCAACCUGGGCGUCUUCGAUGUCCUCAUCCCUUUGACGGAGAGCGAGAGUAUAGAGGUCCAGGGAAACAGCGCUGCGGCGCUUGGAAACCUGAGCAGCAAAGUCGGCGACUACACCCUCUUCCUUUCCUCUUGGAACCAACCCUCCGGCGGCAUCCACGGCUACCUCUCCCGCUUCCUCAACUCCGGCGACCCGACCUUCCAACACAUCGCCAUCUGGACGCUGCUCCAGCUCCUGGAAUCCGGCGACCAGAAGUUGAUCGAGACGAUUAAUGGGAGUCGGGAUGUUAUGGAGGUGGUGAGGGGGAUUAGUGAGAGGAAUGUGGAGAAUGAGGGGGAAGAGGGAGGGGAUGAUGCGGCGGAGAGUGAGGAUGGGGAGCAGGAGGUUGUGGCGUUGGCUAGACGGUGUGUGGAGAUUGGGGGUGGGGAGGGGGGGGACCGAGGGUGA